GCCGCUUUCAAACGAGAGCGGUGACGUCACUCUCUGGCUGCCUGUCUUCAAUCACAUCCACUGUGUGACUAUAAAGCCGGCUGCUCUCAGCGGCUCCGAUACCAGUUUCGAGAGAAGCAAUCCACAAGAUGAGCGGAAGAGGCAAAGGAGGAAAAGGACUCGGUAAAGGAGGCGCCAAGCGGCACCGUAAAGUCCUUCGCGAUAACAUCCAGGGAAUCACCAAGCCAGCUAUCCGCCGUCUGGCUCGCCGCGGUGGUGUCAAGCGUAUCUCCGGUUUGAUCUACGAAGAGACUCGCGGUGUGUUGAAGGUGUUCUUGGAGAACGUCAUCCGUGAUGCCGUCACCUAUACCGAGCACGCCAAGAGGAAGACUGUGACCGCCAUGGACGUGGUGUACGCUCUCAAGAGGCAGGGCCGCACUCUGUACGGCUUCGGCGGUUAGACGGACCCGACCACAACGAUCAACCCAACGGCUCUUUUAAGAGCCUCCUACACCCCUAGAGAGCAGAAAUGGUCAUGUUCACUGUAUUAUCACAUGUUGUUAAUGUAAACUUAAAUAUAUUUAAGUGUAACUUGAUCUGGUUAUGCAGUAAAAUAUGUACCUAUGAAGCUACUAUGAAGUUAGUAUAUCAUUUUCACCAUAGGUAUCUAUAAUUUGAUCUGGGUAUGCAGUACUAUAGAACAGUAAAUAGAUGGUAUUGCUGGUGCAAUUUUGUGUGUGUAUAAAUCUUGGACAACAUUUGAUGAACUUGUAUUUUGCUUCCUAGGAUAGUUUUUGUCUUUGGUUGCAACGGAUGGUUUAGAUCAGCAUUUGACUUAACGAUUUUGAAAUGGUAAAAUUCUUAGUAUUUUUUGGGACUUCAGGCAUAUUUAUCACUUACUUAUUUCCCAUUUGUUCCUGUCAAUAAAACAACCCAUAACACUUGA